AUGAAGACUUUAAGAAUUGUAUUUGCUCUGGCAUUAGCUUAUUUGGCUAAGGUUGAAGCAACUCAUUGGGGAUCUCCAUACCUUCCAGAUCCUUGUCUAGAUCUUUGUUUCGGGCCACCAGCACCACUAUGUUUACCAGAAUGCCCACUUCCUUGCUUACCACCAUGCCCACCACCCUGCCCACUUCCUUGCUUACCUCCCAUGCUCCCACCCUGCCCGCCGCCUUGCUUACCACCAUGCCUACACCCAUGUUUCCUACCACCGCCACCACCAUGCUUUCUGCCAGCACCACCAUGUCCUCUUCCUCUCCCUCUUCCUUGCUUACCACCAUCUUCACUUCCUUGUCUACCACCUCCAUGUGUUCCACCUCCGAAAUUGAUACCAGUGCCACUAUCACCUUUACCUUGUUUCUCUAUUCCACCAUUAUGUCCACUUCCUUGCCUACCACCUAGCCCUAUCCCUUGUUUACCACCACUACCACCAUGCUUCCUGCAAGCACCACCUUGCCACGUCCUUGCUUGCCACCAUGUCUACCCUUGCCUACCACCAUGUCCACCACCAUGCUCACUACCUUGUCUGGCACCUCCAUGUGUUCCACCACCAAAUUUGAUACCAGUACCACUAUCACCUCUACCUUGUUUCUCUAUACCGCCAGUAAGUCCACCUUGUCCACCAUUAUGUCCACCUUGUCCACCACCUCCUUGCUACUGUUAA